AUGGCUUACAGAAUUGUCCCCGUCGCCGAACCGGUGACAAACGAAGACAUCGACAAAUAUAAAGCACUUCGCUUGACGUCCCUCAAAAUUGAUCCUUCCUCAUUCAGUUCCACAUACGAACGCGAGAUUGCAUUCACGCCCGAGAUCUGGGCACAACGGCUCACAUCGCGCUUUAAGCGCACAUUCAUCGCGUCCGUGAAGGACGAGGGGAGCAUCGGUGUCGGCGAAACAUGGGUCGGAAUGAUCUCGGUACUCGGACCUUCUGAACUGAUUCCUGCUACAUUGGAACCAUUCGAAAGGGCGGGAGUAGGAGCAGACUGGGAUAUGUAUUUCGUAGCCGGGAUGUGGGUGCACCCAGAGCACAGGGAAAGGGGUCUAGGAACGAGUCUAGUGAAAGCAGGACUGGAAUGGGUACAGACGAAUGUGGAUCCGAUAAAUGAUUCAGAGGGGAAGAGAGAUAAAAUGGUCUUGUUAUUGGUCGGGGAUGAUAAUGCGAGCGGCCGCGCCCUUUAUCAAAAGGUGGGCUUCACAACUUUGACAAGCAUGCCCCAAGCAAAAGGAAAUAGUUACAUGGGUCUGAAUGUUGCAUGA